UUAUCCUGUAAAAGAGGAUAGAUUAUAUUGUGCAUCUUGUGGAAUUUGAAGACGUGCUUGAAUUAUAGCAGACUAAUUACCGCAGGUGGACGACUGGUGAGUAGUCGGUGGUGGGAUACUACAGUACCUAGUCUAUCCCGGUUCCGCUUCGCAUUUGUGUGUCGGAGCCGGAACCGGGAUUCGUGGGAGUGGUAUAUAGUAACGUGUCCACGAAUCCAACUCGAUGAUUGGAAAGACAACUUCUCACACACAGAUACUGUUCUAUCCUAGAAAUUUCACUUAAUUCUCUCCCGUCGAACUCAAACCACCAAGCCGUAAACACAAUGGCAUCUGCGCAUAAGGGAAAGGUCUUGCUGGUGCUUGACCUCCAGCAAGGCAUCAUUUCCCGCUUCCCGAGUUCAUCUGGAUUUCUCGCCCAGACGGCAAAGACCAUCGACGCAGCACGCGAAAAGUCGAUUCCAGUCAUCUACGUAACAGUCAAUUUCCGCCCCGGCUACCCGGAGGUCUCUUCGAGCAAUAAAAUGUUCGCAGGAGUUCUUGCGUCUGCCGGAGAUGCAUUCGUGGAAGGAAAGCCUGCUGUGCAGAUUCCAUCUGAAAUUGCGCCCACAGAGAAAGAUAUCCUCGUGUCAAAGCGCCGUGUUUCAGCAUUCUCUGGAAGCGAUCUAGAUGUCGUCCUCCGCGGUCUUGGUGCCGAUACCCUUAUCAUUACAGGGAUCGCGACCAGCGGUGCUGUUCUCUCAACUGUGAGACAUGCCGCUGAUCAGGACUUCUCGAUAACCGUUCUGGAUGACCUAUGUUUGGAUGGGGAUGAGGAAGUCCAUCGGGUACUUGUCGAAAAGGUGUUCCCGAAACAGGGAGAGGUUAUGUCUUCGGAGUCGUGGAUCAAGAGUCUGUAGUUAGAGAUCAUAUUUGGUCCUAUAUUAUGAUCUCUGACACGGAACUGUGAUUUCGUUCGCCGCCUUGCAAACUCUGUUGACGGUAACGAGUGGUUUUCCUUAACAUCUGACAUGACAUGACGUCUUUCGUUAAUAUUCUCAUUGGCAGUUGUGGAUCAGAUCUGGUUGCGACUUGAAUAUGGCCGGUAUAGGAUGAAAAUCAGUCCGGGGUUUCUGUUCAACGAUUUCCAGU